AUGCUCGGUGUUGGAAACACCGAGCUUGCCAUUCUCUUCCUCCCCCUCGACAACGACCUUCCUGCGUUCAACCUGUUCUCCACACUUGUCGGAUCCAACGCCAGCAGUCGCAACCGUGGCAGCCGGGUCCUCAACGCCGCCGCCGCCAGCCAAGAUCCUCCAUUCGAUCGGCUGGCAGUUGCCCCUGAUGACUGGGACUUUUGGUGUUGGGGUUUUCAGUCCAACAGCAACUCCAACGACGCGCGGCUGGCGCGUCAAUACAUUGACCAGAAGAUGCGCGACCAGUUCCCUGACACCCCCUUCCGCCAGUUUUACGCCUCCAAGCGCACGAUUCUCCAACGAACGGCUUCCACGCAUCCUUCUGGAGCCUGUCGGCAAGGCGUUGGAGAAUUUGUUGUCGCCAGAGAGAAAUGA